CCUAAAUAAUCUUCCUGCCGCCUAACCAGUAAAUGCUCUUCGGCUCUUCCUCGCAUAACCUGUAAAAGCGAUCUAACACGUAAUUUUUCAAAAGGAAAAAAUAUUACCAACGGGUCGGCGUAGUGAAUAAUAGAUAAGUAUACUGGAAAAUUAUUAAUUAGCUAUUUUAAAGUAAACUGACAAAUCUGAAGACCAAGCCUAAUUAGGAGAGGUGUAUAGGUAUAAAAAUGUCGGAAAAUCCCUUUGAAGUAAAAGUACCUGUAGGUCGAUCCAGUUCUCCCUCCAUUCGAUUUAGUCAAAAAUCAAAAGAAGAAACAGCUUCGGAGCUUCAAACAGAUAUAGCUGUUGGUCUUUCUAAUAGUCAAGAUAUUUUAAAUCGAAGAUCUUUACAUGGUAUUAAUGAAUUAUCUAAUGAUGAAGAAGAAAGUAUAGUUAUAAAAUUCUUGUCUAAAUUCUAUGAAGAUCCAUUAAUUUUAUUAUUAAUUGGAUCAGCUAUAAUAAGUUUUUGGAUGGGUAAUGUAGAUGAUGCCAUAUCAAUUACUUUAGCCAUUGUAAUUGUAGUAAGUGUUGGAUUUGUUCAAGAAUAUAGAUCUGAAAAAUCAUUGGAAGCUUUAAAUAAAUUAGUUCCAGCAGAAGCUCAUUUAACUAGAAAUGGUAGUACUUCAACAGUUCUUGCAUCAACUUUAGUUCCAGGUGAUUUAGUACAUUUUACUCAAGGUGAUAGAAUUCCAGCUGAUGUUAGAUUAACUGAUGCUGUUCAUUUAACUAUUGAUGAAAGUAAUUUAACUGGAGAAAAUAGACCAGUUAAAAAGACUACUAACCCAAUAAUAUAUGAAACAAAUGAUAUUCCACCUGUUACAAUUAGAAAUUCUAUUGCUUUUAUGGGAACUUUAGUAAGAGAUGGUCAUGGAUCUGGUAUAGUUGUAGCAACUGGUGCUAAAACUGAAUUUGGAGCUGUAUUUGAAAUGAUGUCUGAAAUUGAAAAACCAAAAACUCCCUUACAACAAGCUAUGGAUAAAUUAGGUAAAGAUUUAUCAGUAUUUAGUUUUGCUGUAAUUGGUGUUAUUUGUUUAAUUGGUAUACUUCAAGGACGUUCUUGGUUAGAUAUGUUUCAAAUUUCUGUUUCAUUAGCUGUAGCUGCUAUACCUGAAGGUUUACCAAUUAUAGUCACUGUCACUUUAGCUUUAGGAGUUUUAAGAAUGGCUCGUCGUAAAGCAAUUGUUAGAAGAUUACCAAGUGUAGAAACUUUAGGAAGUGUUAAUGUAAUUUGUUCAGAUAAGACUGGAACUUUAACUCAAAAUCAUAUGACUGUUACUAAGAUUUGGGCAACUGAUUUUAAAGGAAGUUUUAAUAGUCCAUUUUUAGUAGUUGAAAAAUUAGAUGAUAAUACUUUACAUCAUCAAUUAACUAAAAAUAUGCAAAAAACUUUAGAAGCAGGUAAUAUAUGUAAUAAUGCCAGAUAUUCUCGUGAAAAUGAAAAAUAUAUUGGUAAUCCAAGUGAUAUUGCUAUUGUUGAAUGUUUACCACAUUUUGGUUUAGAUGAUAUAAGAGGUACUAAACAAAGAGUUUAUGAAUUACCAUUUUCAUCUGUAAGAAAAUAUAUGGCAAUUUGUGCUCAUUCUGGUGAUUUAAAUAAAAGUGAAACUUUUGUUAAAGGUGCAACUGAAAAAGUAUUAUUACUUAGUAAUAGAUAUUUUGAUGAAAAUGGUGAUAUAAAACCUUUAACUGAUGAAAUAAGAAAAGAAAUUGGUGAAAAAUCGCAUGCAUUGGCUAAUGAUGGAUUAAGAGUCUUAGCCUUUGCUAGAAAUAAUAAGAAAUAUAUUAAUGAAAAGGAAAAUGAAGAACCAUCAGAAUUAAUCUUUUCUGGAUUAGUCGGAAUGAAAGAUCCUCCAAGACCAAAUGUUGGAAGAUCUAUUGCACUUUUAAUGAAAGGAGGAGUUCAUGUUAUUAUGAUUACUGGAGAUUCACCUACUACAGCUAUAAAUAUUGCUAAACAAAUUGGUAUGCCAAUAGUUGGAGAUCAUUCUGUUAUGACUGGUGAUCAAAUUGAAAAUUUAAGUGAAGAACGUUUAGCAGAAGCUAUUCAUAAUGUAUCUGUAUUUGCAAGAACAACUCCUGAACAUAAAGUUACAAUUGUUAAAGCACUUCAAAGAAGAGGAGAUAUUGUUGCCAUGACAGGUGAUGGUGUUAAUGAUGCUCCUGCAUUAAAAUUGGCAGAUAUUGGUAUUGCUAUGGGUAAAAAUGGUACUGAUGUUGCAAAAGAAGCAGCAGAUAUGGUGUUAACUGAUGAUGAUUUUUCAACAAUUUUAAAUGCAAUUGAAGAAGGUAAAGGAAUAUUUUUUAAUAUUCAAAAUUUUAUUACUUUCCAAUUAUCAACUUCUAUAGCUGCAUUAACAUUAAUUGCAUUAGCAACAUUCUUUGGUUUACCAAAUCCACUUAAUGCCAUGCAAAUUUUAUGGAUUAAUAUUUUAAUGGAUGGACCACCUGCACAAUCAUUAGGGGUUGAACCAGUAGAUCAUGAAGUUAUGAAUAGACCACCAAGAAAGAGAAAUGAUAAAAUUUUAACUCAUCAAGUUAUAAAGAGAGUUUUACAAUCAGCAGCUAUGAUUAUUCUUGGAACUUUAUAUAUAUUUAUCCGAGAAAUGACAGAUAAUGAAAUUACUGCAAGAGAUACUACUAUGACAUUUACAUGUUUUGUUAUGUAUGAUAUGUUCAAUGCUUUAUCAUGUCGUCAUUAUUCUAAAUCCAUAUUUGAGAUUGGAUUGGACAAUCAAAUGUUUAAUUUUGCAGUAAUAGGAUCAUUAAUUGGUCAAUUAUGUGCUAUUUACGUACCAUUUUUCCAAGCUAUUUUCCAAACUGAAGCAUUAUAUUUCAGUGAUUUAUUGCAUUUAUUAUUUUUAACAAGUACUGUUUUCAUUGGAGAUGAAAUUAGAAAGUAUUUGUUAAAACAGAAGUCAUCAGGAUCCAACGGAUUUAAUGUAAAUUUUGGUGUAUAAGCUUUUUAAAUGAGGAGAUCAAUGACAAGAGCAAGAGUAUCAUCAUUUAUUAUAAUAUAUUAAUUAUAAUUAUAAUACUACUAUUAUUAGAAAUUUAAUAAACAUUGUAAUAUAUUACAUUUUACAUUGUACAACCACUAGAAAGACCAAAUAAUAUGACACGACUUUAACCAAUUACAAUAAAGUAUACUAAAUAUACUAAGUAUACUAUUUAUAAAUAUUAUAUAAAACCUGUAGAUUGCCCUUUAUAAAAC